AUGUCAGUUUCGACAAACCAAGAUAACCUAUCUGGGAAAAAGACAGUCCAAACAGUCGAGAACCUUCUUGAAAAAGGCAAAGUCGCCAGUCAAGACCCAUAUCUCGCGUUGUUAGAUUACCGCAACACCCCUAUAGAUGGCGUCACCCCAGCACAAGCCCUAAUGAGCAGACGACUCCGCUCACCCCUCCCCAUAUCCCAAAGAAAGCUUAAUCCCAAACCUGUCAACAGAACCACUUUCCACGCAGCACGUCAACAACAGCAACAACAACAGAGAAAACAGUAUGACCGCACUGCUAAGUCUCUGCCACCAUUAGAAAAGGGUAAUACAGUGAGAUUUAAGAAAGAUCCUCAAGCAGCAUGGACCCGUGGGACGGUGAUACGAAAGCACGAAGCACCACGAAGCUACGUAAUAAAGGGUGAGAACGGGACGGAAUAUCGACGGAAUCGUGAACAUCUACGAAAGACUAGAGAACAUCAAGCUGACCUAGACACACCGGAUAUUGACGAUCCCCGAGACAUGCCUGUGGAAAGUAGGAAGUUAUGGAGCGACGCUACCUCCAAGCUCUAAAGGGCUAACUCCAAACCAAAAUAUACACUUGAGUAACUUGUGUAAAUGUGUAAUUCAAGAGUUGAAAUAUGAAUUCUGGAGUUACUGGCUAACUCCAAAAAUGAUUUGGAGCUAUAUAAGUAUACAACUGCAAAAAUCAUUUAGGAGCUAGGCAUCUAAGGCUGGAGUUACUGGCUUACUCCAAUAAUCAUUUAGAGCUACGUAUAACUCCAAAAAUCAUGAAAAAACAAGGUAUUUAAGCCUCGAGUUACUGCCUAACUCCAAAAAGUAUGUGUAUAGCGAGGCGAGUCAGCAUAUAGCCGCUAGGUACAUACAUGUAAGGUUGAAGUUACUUGCUGUGUUGCUAACUCCACAAAUCAUUUGGAGCUUGUUAUCUAAGCCAGGAGUUACUGACUAACUGGAAUAACUGCAAUAACUCUCAGAAUGCACUUCUAUAUUCCGCUGUAUUAAAUAAGACUGAAAUAUCCAGAAUAUGCGCAUAAACAGGACAUUGACACACUUGGCAUUUUGCUCUCGUUCAGAGGCUAAAUUUUGAUCUGCAGUUGACUGUUGAGGCAAAACCAUUUUCGUACACCGCGUCCUUGUCAUGCUCUGUUGAUGAUCGUGUGUAUAAGGCGGGCUCUGGGUACGUGAAUGUGGCAUAGUCUAGCUCCAUUUAAAGAUUGGCUACCUCCACAAAAAUAAAAUCUACAGGUAUGCCCCGAGACCCGAUCCCACAACAAACAACCAAUGCAGAAAGAAACAACAUCCAAAUCCCAACAGCGCCAAACCCACCUCAACUGAAGACAAGCCGUUAUGGCAGACGGAUAAACCAGAAUCCGAACUACAAGACGUGA